AUGGGCCGUCGCAACAACGGAGGUGGUCGCGAGCAGCACGGUGGUGGAUGGGACCCGGAGUACUGGGACUACUCUGGCUGGCAGCGAGAUCGCCGUCCGGCCGGGCCCAAAGCCCCCAAGGCGCCCUCGGAGACCUGGAGCUUCCCUACGGUGGACGACAUGAAGGUCAAGAAGAAGGAGAACAAGCCGGCGACCGUGAACGAGAACACCUCAAUGGCCACGGCGGCUGGUUCCCUCGCGAGAUCGGUGCAGAAAGCCCUCAACCAGGUCCGCAAGCACGAGGCCAAGAUGCGGAAGAAUGCCAGCGACGCCUCGGAGUUGCAGGAGAAGUGGGACAUGUACCAGCAGGAGCUCCAGCAGAUCUUCGUGAAGGAGCGGCAGCGCUUCAAAGAGAAGAUUCGCCACCUCGAGGACGACAAGAAGGACAUCCAGGAGAACCUCGACUACGCCCUUGCCGAGCUCCAAGCGGUCUUCAUGGAAGACGAGGACACGAAGGAUGCCCCGGCACCGAAGAUCGAGGAAGAGGCCCAGGAUGCAUGGGAUGCCCUCAUUGCUGGAGCGGACGAGCAGCCGGAGAUCUCCAAGAUUUUGGAGUCGGCUCUGGCAGCCAAGUCCCAGCUGCAACAAGCCACCAAGGCGCAAAUGCUCGAGAUCCUGAAGAAGCAUCGCGACAAGCAGAAGGCGGAGGAGACUGGCCCACAGGCCAAGAAAGAGCCGGGUCGCAGUUCGAAGGACAAAGGCAGUCCCACGCCUGGAUCCUAUGCUGCCCCAUCGGAGCCGCCUCCACCGGAGCCCUAUUUGCUGUCGCCAUCGACCCGCUCGAACGCCCGUGGCCACACCUUGUCGAGAUCCCGCCCCAAAGGAAGCCUGCGAAUGCCGGUGAAGACUGUGGGCCGUGCUCCGACCCCUACCCCCCUGGGGGGUACCCCACUGGCGGAGAAACUCGCCCGGCGCAGGAAGGCGGAACAAAGCCACGCCGAGGCCAUGGCGAUCGACACGUCCGACGAGGAAACCAAAGGCUUUUUCGGCCUGUCCCUGCACCUUAUACUCUUGGGUUGGCAAGCUUUGCUAGCGCGGACAGAAGCUGGACCGGCUGCCCCCUAUUUCUCUUCAACGUCAGUGACGGAGGCUUUUCCGGCUUGUCCUCCUCAACUGCCUGUUCUUCACCCUUCGCCGAUGAUUGGGAUCCCGGCGAAGUCCCACCUCUCCUUUGUGAAGGUGACCCUUUUGGUAUUCCUGGUGUCCUUGAUGACCUGGAAGGGAGGCCACGUCCAGGACAUUAUUGGAGCCCUCUUGCUCUUGUAUGACAAGAUCGAGCAUAUCUUCCAGAAGUACUGCCAGUGGCUCGAACAGUUGGCCCGAGCUUGGCUAGUUACCAUCGAAGCUAUCGGUCUUGCCUCUCUGGCAAGUUUUGCAACAGUUGCCGCCCUACGACAUGGUAGGACCCGACAUCGCCUCUAUCUGGGUGGCACGGCUGGCCGACUUUGCCGAGUUUACAUUUGUGUGAUGGUCUGGCGACCUACAUCUGCUGUCCAAACCACUGCUCCGAGGCCAACUUUCAUGAGCGGGCGGCCAUUGGGUGUUGAGCAGUGGGCUGCCGAGCAGCAAAGCAGAUGGGAGCGGUUGGUGAGUGCCCAUGACCAUGUGGUGAGAUGCUCUCCACUUUACCACAGUGAGGGGAGCUCGCCCCCACCACAAUUUACCGUACGGCCGCCGGGUGCCGCGGCGAUGCAGCUCGUCCCAGAUGAGUUCCAACUUGGCCAGCGGCAUAUCUCAACAUGGGUAGCCACGCCUUUCUUUGAGCCGGAAGUGGUCGACAUCCAGGUUCGCUUCCCCAUGACCCUGGACUUCCUGGAAGAGGCCCUCCGCGACUCCCUGGGCCUCCUCCCGGACUACGCGAGCGAGCUUUACCCUACUACGCCGCAACUCGACGACCACUUUGCCAGCUUCGUCGCUGUACCAGGUUGGAUUGAACUCACUGAUAGGGAAGUGAUUGUGAUUGAUGCCCGCCCCAUUGGAGGAACGGUCUACCCAGUAUAUCAUGAGGGGCCCCUCACACGACAGACUGUGCAACAGCACCUCAUCGAUAUCCAGGCCCCUUCGAGACGGUCUCUUGAUCCUGUGAUGGGUGGUGUCAUUCAGGUGCGCGGAACCGAGGCUACACCUGUCUGGUCUGACUCCAUUCUCAACAGGUUGGGCCAAAUCGAGCGAUGGAACCCUACCGUACAACCUCCUGGCCUACAUGCGGGCCUCUUUUCUGUCUACCAGUCAGCUGAGGACCAGGUGAUCCAGGCGGUCGAUGAAAUCGAUGACCGGCCACUCGAAGUUGCCGCGGAGGAAGCUUUGGACCUCGAACAUGGUACGUGCUGGGUACGACUCCCGGAGCCAAAGAUCGCCCGACUCACACAUGCUGGAAGGGCCAUCUGGGAACAGGUUGCCGUCCUCGACGGUGUUGAACAACAUGAUCGAGACGCCCGUGUAAUUUUCCUGGACCUUCGAGGGCUUGGCCUCUUUCCACAAUGGCUGCAGCUCGGCGGCGAUGUUUUCAGGCCAGAGGAAUAUGUGGAGGGCCUUCAGCUGCAAGACUAUCCCGAAUGGACCCUCAUGGUAGUUGGUGGCGAGCCUAUACCGGAGGGCGGACUCAGAGUCAUGCCAUGUGAAGUCCUCACCAUGUUUCUACAGAAGCCAGAGACGGACCCGGUUGAUCAGCCCACCGACGACGACUUCGACAAUGGCCCUGAGGACCCGGAUUCGGAUUAUGAUGAUGAUGACCUCAUGAGCCCGUCAGGUGACGAACAGGUACCUCCUCCGCAACCGGGUGACCCGCCCAGAGGACCACCACCGCCCGAGCCAGUCAAUCGCAGCCGGUCGCCAAGAGGCCGUAACAGAGAAGGGACGACCCACAGCACGGCUGAGACUACCCUUGCAAACUAUGCCCAGGAGCCUGUCGCCCCUACAACCCUGAGCCUUGCGGAUGUGCUUCCCCCGCCGGUGUUCGACAUUGCCCAAGAAUCGCUCGCCCUGCCACACACCCAGCAGGAUAUUGCCGAGUUGAUGAAAGCCUGGGAGCCGAAUUGGUUGGACUAUGACACCUCGGCGCUGGCUCUUACGGAUGCAACGCGAACUGGCCUUCAGGACCUCAUCCAUUGGAGCCAGGCCCUAGGCAUGGCGGAUGCCAAACAUCCCCUACGGGUUCACCUCUAUACGGACGGGUCUUUCAGUCACCGCCCUGGGCGCAGUGGAGCUGGGCUCGUUAUCCUCAUUGAAAUUGGCAUCCUCCUGAGCCUCUUCGGCAUACUGGGAGAGCCUAUUCUUGGAGCCUCACCUUGCCCCUGGGGACCUUCAGAAGCCCCGGCCCUGCAGGCGGAACAGGCCGCGAUCAUCAUGGCUCUGCUCUGGCUGGGUCAGAGCCUACAUUUCUUGCAGGCCAGCGAGUACGUCCUUCACUUCGACUGCCAAGCGGCUGGCUGGUCAGCUGAUGGUACGUUUGCUUGCUGCAACCCGCUGGCAGUCCGAACCAGGCAUCUUGAAUCAUACCUGCAAGAGGUUACGAACCACAGGUUGAAAUUCACCUACGUUCGAGCGCAUGAUGCGCACGCAUGGAAUGACCUGGCAGACACUGUUGCCAAGGCGGCUGCCAGUCAGACUGGAACCCUGCUGGGCCCGCCGCACAAUGUGAUCGAGCAUUUCCUACGCCUUGAUCUCAGCUGGGCGGCUGCCAGUCUUUAUGGCGACCGACACGGAUCCCUGCCGGUGCUCACAGCACAGCGCCUUCAAUGGGAUCCCGGACAUCAGACCGCCGUCAGCCCUCUACGACCGGACGAGCUGAUUCCUGUGCAGAUUCCCAGUGCCGGCCCACCGGGGAGAGCCCGACGUUUGCAGAUCCAAGCCACCUCUAUCAACAUACAGGGAAUCAAAGGCAAAUACAAGUACCUCUCCGACCAGCUGGCACAAGCGUGCUACCAGACUGUGUUCUUCCAGGAGAUCAAAGAUUCUGAGGGCCUUUGUCGCACUGGUGACUACCUCCGACUGCACACGGCCUCCCACUCCCACUGGGGUGUCGGGAUUUGGCUGAAUCGCCGCACUGGGUUUGCAACCAUUGCGGGCCAACCGGUCACGGCGGAGGAGGCUGAUAUCCAUAUUCUCCACAGCGACCCGCGACUGCUUAUGAUCGCUGUGCGAAAGUUCCAGAAACGGUUCAUCCUUUUCUCAGGCCAUUGUCCCCACACUGGACGCCCCCAGGAGAGAGAUGUGUUCCUGCGCCUGCUCCAAGGUCUACUCGAAAAGGUGGGCGAAGCCUACAUAGUCCUGGGCGGGCUUGCUUUGAAUGGCCGACCGCCCCCCAACUUCUCGUUUGUGACCGGUGAUUUGCAGCAGGGCGAACCAGAUGAGGCAGGUGCCCAAUUGGUACAAUGCUGCCAGCACACUGGCCUUUGGAUCCCGGCGACCUUCGGGGACAUCCACGUCGGGACCACAACUACGUACGUUCACCCCAGGGGAGACGAACACCGCCUUGACUUUGUGCUGGUGGGGGGCCAGCACCACAGCACAGAAGCCCGGAGUUGGACGGACCUUGACAUUGACACGGGCAAUCGACAGGAGGACCACCGUGCGGUCUCCCUGCAAUUGCGCGGACACUUUGACGGGGCCCGGGAUACCCCCAGACUUCCCCGCCCUCGGUAUGACAGACAAAGAAUGCUCUCAGAAGAGGGCAAGGCCGUUCUGACCCAGGCCUACCGCGACUACGCCCCACCACCUUGGGAAACCCACGUCGAUGUCCACUGCCAGCACUUCCAGGGCUACAUUGCUGAUGUGCUUAAUAAGCACUUCCUCCCACCCAAACAAGGACCCAGAGCGUCCUUCAUCCCUCCCCAAGUUUGGGCAUGGCGAGAGCUCAAAUUGAGCUUGAAGAAGCGGACCGCCUACCGCAAGGAUCUUUGGAAAACCCUACUCCAGGCGGCUUUCGCACGAUGGGCCGGGGACAUUACCGUUGACUUGGCCCCGGCAGCACGCAUCGAUGGACUCCUCUACGAGAUCACGGCGACUGCCAUUGGCAUUGCCACGGCAAAGAUCAAGCGGGAGAUCUAUCAAGCCAAGGACAAGUUCCUCAAAGGGCUCAUUGCGGAGGGGGCCCAUGGGACCGCGGAUUUCCUCCGAAAGAUGAAGCAGCACGGUAUUGGAGGUCGUAAAGCACGGUCUUCCUUCAAGCCUCUGCCACGCCUGCUCCAACCCGACGGGCAACCUGUUGUUGAUCGUUCUGCCCAAGAUGUGCUGUGGCUUACGCAUUUUGGGAAACAGGAACUCGGCGAGGUCAUUUCUACUACGGACUUCCUGCGACAGGAAACUGGCAAAUGUGCCGGUAUUGAGGAAGUCGAAUGGACCAUUGCCGGCCUCCCAACAGUCGAGCAGGUUGAGUCCGUGCUACGAGCUGCGCCACGUGGGAAGGCUCCAGGCAUCGACGGACUGCCUGGUGAAGCCUUUGCUGCUGCCCCCCAAGCCCUUGGACUGGCAAUGCACAGCCUCGUCACCAAAUGCAUGCUAGAAUGCCUCCAGCAGACACUCCACAGUUUGCACCUUGGCAGCCGUCGAAAUUCUCCGAUACAGUUCGCCUCGCUCUACCUUCUGAGCAUCUUCAGACGCGGAGCACGUCGGAAGAUUUCUACCGGUGCGCUUUUCCUGGACACGCGCUCUGCAUACUACAGAGUCGCUCGCGAAGUCGCCACUGGACCAAUACGCGACGACUACACGAUUGCCCGCAUCUUCAAGCACUUCGAAUUGGAUGGAGAGGACAUCCACGACCUCUACGACAUCAUUCGAGCCGGGGGGUUGCUCACUGAGGCUGGUACCCCCUCUAUGCUGAAUGCCGCAGUUCGUGACAUCCACCACAGGACAUGGGCCAUCAGCUCCUGCUCUACAGGACAGAAUGUCGCCUCCUCCAUGGCCGGGAGCCGGCCAGGCGAAUCCUUCGCCGACGCGAUCUUCGCAUUCGUCUAUGGAAGAGUGCUGGGCCAAAUUGCCGAGAUUCUCGAUGGAGAGGGUGUUCUUUCCUACGGUUCGUACGACCCCUCGAACGGCAUCCUUGGCAAUGGAGCUGCUGGUGAUUCGCACCUCCUCAGAGAUGCGACAUGGGCCGACGACAGUUCUUUCCCUCUUCAGGACGAAUGCCCUCACAGAUUGGUCCGUAAGGCAGCCAGGGCCAGCUCGGUUGUAUUAUCGAGAUGCAGCUCCUUCGGCAUGUCCCCCAACCUGGCACCGGGCAAGACGGCGCUGGUCUUGGCCCUCCGAGGGCGUGGAUCCCAAAAGGCUCGGCGCGAGCACUUCUCUCAGGAUGGAAAAACACUCCUCCUGAGGCGUCCUUGA